AUGCUUACCAUGUCACUCAUUUUGUUUCAAUGUGAUGCUCAGCAUAAGUUUGUAUUUUGGUACACUCGUCGAACACCUGGACUCCGUACUCAGACAUCUUACGAGGACAACAUAAAGAAAAUUGUAGAUUUCAGUACGGUUGAAGGUUUUUGGAUUUGCUACUGCCACUUGGCUCGUCCAUCAUCAUUGCCAAGCCCAACAGAUUUGCAUCUUUUCAAGGAAGGAAUUCGUCCACUAUGGGAGGAUUCUGCUAACUGCAAUGGUGGGAAGUGGAUAAUACGGUUCAAAAAGGCUGUGUCAGGUCGCUUUUGGGAGGAUCUGGUCCUGGCAUUAGUGGGUGACCAACUUGAUUAUGGUGACAAUAUAUGUGGUGCAGUGUUGAGUAUUCGUUUCAAUGAGGAUAUAUUGAGUGUCUGGAACCGCAAUGCAUCUGAUCAUCAGGCUGUAAUGGCUCUAAGAGAUGCAAUCAAACGACACUUGAAGCUUCCUCAUAGCUACGUAAUAGAAUACAAGCCUCAUGAUGCUUCUUUGCGCGACAAAUCGUCAUAUCGUAACACUUGGUUGAGAGGAUAG